AUGGCAAGAAAGAAUGCAAUCCAUAGAUUAUUUUGCAGUUAAAAUUGGACAAUUAAAUCCUAAAUUACUCUUUUUUCUGUUCUAUAUGUUGCUUUCUGCAUUUUGUUAACAACUACUCUAUUAGUGAUUUUCUUGAAUUUUUCAAAGGAAUCUUUGACAAAUAGUACGUUAACCAUGGAGAAAUUAGAGACAAUAAAUUAAAUGUCGCGAUAUAAUACUCUCUAAACAUAAUCAUUUACUAGAGUUUUGAAUUUUAGUUACAACACUUUAUCUAAAAUUGACAAAUUAAAUCACUUUAUAGAAAUAUAGGCAUAAAAUAGUUUUAGCAUAACCUAACCUACAAAUUGUAUCGAUAAUCCAAAGCUAUGGGAUAAAUACAUCUUUAAUUGUAGCUUAUGUUAUAAAUUUUGUAACAAAACUAAGUAAAUAGAUGAAUUGGAUUAUAAGUAAUACUUCUAAUUAAUUUCACUUAUAACUUAGAGUCUGCCAAUUUUGAAUUUAUAUAGAUAAACAUUUUUUACAAGCACAAGUUAUGAAUAAUUUUUCACUGUUUUUAGAGGUGGAGAUUAUACUAAAUUUGUAGCUCAUAUAAGACCUUGGUACAUAAAUCAUAUUAACAGAACAAAAUAUGAAAAUCAUAAAUUUUAUUUAUCAGACUUAUAUUUAGAUUGGAUAAAUAAAUUAGCAAUAGCAUUUACUGUAGAUUUGACAAAUUUGUAGGGUGAAAUGAUUGGAGUGAUAGGGUAUGAUUUAGCAUUUGAUUUACUUCCUUAUUUUUUAGAUUAACGACUUAAAAUGGAAAUUGUUAAUUCAACAGGUCAUUUAUUAGUUAGUAGUUAUUAUGAAGAAAAUAAAUAUCCUACAGUAAUUUAUAAUACUUCUUUGACUGGAUUUACAGAAUAUGAUUGGUAGAAAAUGAAAAAAUUUGGAGAUGAUGAUAAUAUAGGUAGAGGUACAUUAAGAGUAAAAAAUAGAAGGACAAUGGAAUUUAAUGAGAUUUCAGUUUACAAAAUGAAAUAUCCUGAAUUUUAUAUCAUAAUGUAUAUAUGUGUAUUAAUUAGUUAUUAAACAGAUGAUUAAUUUAUAAAAGAUCAAUAAAUUAUAUUAGAUAAUUUGGCUAAGUUUGAUGAAUCAAUUUUAUUAGGAACUAUAUAUUUUAGUUUAAUAAUUUUAUUUUCAGUAUUGUUGAUUUAAUUCUUAAUUAUUAAGUAUGUUUUAAGUCAUUUAGAAUCAUUAGUUUUGAUUACAAAAUAGCAAAUAUUUUUAAAACAAAGAAUAAAAAAUAAAAGCAUAGCAAUAAAUCCAGAUAAAGAUAAUACAAUAUCUAAAUUAUGUCGAUCUUUUUUAAAAUUAAAUUAGAAUUUAACAAAUUUCAAAUGGAAGAAAUCAAAAUUGUGUAGAACAAUAUAGAAAAUAAAGCAUCCUAGAAAUAAUUGUGGAGUUGAUUAAUUUAUGAUUGAGAAUUUUAAUAAUUAGAUAAAAGAGUCAAGUCAAUAAUUAGAAAACUAUGAGGAUGAGAAUGACAUAUGUUUAAGGACAGGUUUAUUUAAAAGAUUAGUUUGCCAAAAUAAAUAUUAACAUUGGUUAUUUAUAUAAAAAUACGGUACUUAAUGA